AUAGAUUCCAGAAUAAUAAAAGCAAAAAGCUUUAGAAUCCUCAGAAAAACCAGGUAUUUAUAUCUUUAUAAAUAUAUACUAUUCUUUCUCAGCUUCUAUAACUUUUAUAGAUACUUUAUUAAAGAAUAUAAACGAAUUACUAGACCUCUUAUCUUAUUUAUAAAAAAGGAUAUUUCCUUUAAAUAG